UGAGUUGCUGCUGGGAAAUCAUGAAUUUCCAAAAAAUCAAUAUGAGGAGGACAUAGUUAACAUUCCUUUCAGUCACAAUAUUAUGCAUCCAAGCCAUAAAAACAAAAUUUUUGAUUUCAUGUGUAUUUUCAAGUUUGUUCCAUGAAGUGUCAACAUGAAAAACGACACAGAAGUCACCACAUUUGCACUGAAGGGCUUCACAGACAAUCUUGAACUGCAGGUCACCUUAUUUUUUCUGUUUCUAGCAAUCUACCUCUUUACUCUGAUUGGAAAUUUAGGACUGGUUGUAUUGGUCAUUGAGGAUUCUCGGCUUCACAUCCCCAUGUACUAUUUUCUGAGUGUGUUAUCAUUCUUGGAUGCCUGCUAUUCAUCAUCUGUUACCCCAAAUAUGUUAGUAGAUUUUAUGUCAAAGAAUAAAUCCAUUUCAUUCCCUGGAUGUGCAACACAAAUGUUUCUUGAUAUUACUUUUGGGACCACAGAAUGCUUUCUCUUGGCGGCAAUGGCAUAUGAUCGCUAUGUAGCAAUCUAUAACCCACUUCUCUACUCAGUUAACAUGUCACCCAGAGUCUAUGUGCCACUCAUCACUGCUUCUUAUGUUGGUGGUAUUGCGCAUGCUACUUUACACACAGUAGGAACAUUUAGCCUCUCCUUCUGUGCAUCCAACGAGAUCAGACAUGUCUUUUGUGAAAUCCCUCCACUCCUUGCUAUCUCCUGUUCUGACACUCACAUCAACCAGCUUCUACUCUUCUACGCUGUGGGUUCUAUUGAGAUAUUCACCGUCCUGAUUGUUCUGAUUUCCUAUGGUUUCAUUUUGUUGGCCAUUCUGAGAAUGCAUUCUGCUGAAGGGCGACGAAAAGUAUUUUCCACUUGUGGCUCUCACCUAACUGGAGUGUCAAUUUACCAUGGAACAAUCCUCUUCAUGUAUAUGAGACCAAGUUCCAGAUAUGAUUUGGACCAUGACAUGAUAGUGUCUAUAUUCUACACCAUUGUGAUUCCCAUGCUGAAUCCCAUCAUCUACAGUUUGAGGAACAAAGAUGUAAAAGAAGCAAUAAAAAUAGUGUUUGGGAAAAAUUGGUUUAUCAAUAAAGUAUAUUUUUAGCAUGAAAAAUAUAUUUUAAAAAAGUCAAGAUUCAUGGCCUGUGUCUCAAUAUGAAGAAGAUAUGAAAAAAUGAAAUUUUAGUUUCAGUUUAUUGGUGCGUUUCUAUUCUUCUUGAAUAUUUUGAAAUAAAGGUAAUAGUCAACCCUUAAACUCUGCUAUUUUAACUCGUACAGAAAAACCUUGCCAUCAAUUUGCUUCUUACUUCGUUCAAGCUGAUACAUGUAUGUAUGUGUAGGUGUGUAUGGGUGUAU